CAAGGUCAAAAGGGUCAGCGAAGCGCGGACGGGCCGCGGCCCGGCGGCCCUGACCCCCGGCGGGACGGCUCGGGGACUCCAGCCUCGGACCGCGGGCCACUGGCCUCAAACUCUUCCAACAGACAAAGGUACUAAGUGCUGGGACGUGUGGUGAACAAAACAGAUGAGACCUUGACUCUCACAGAACUUACAAUCCAACAGAGCAGGUGUUUGGUGGAGACGACUUUCCCAGAUCACUACUACCUGGAAGUGAUUGACAUAUUCUGGUGCAAACCUUCAAGGAGGAAGCAGGCAAGACAACAUGAGCCAGCAACUGAAGAAAAGGGCAAAGACGAGUGGCCGGAAAGGUGUGGGUAAAAAAGCCCCCGGUAGGGCCAAACCAAGGCAACCCAAGCCCAGCCAAGCCCAGCAGGCAGAAGUGGAAGAACCUCUGGGCACAACAUGGGCCUUGCAGGAUGGCAACGUGUGCUCUGAGACUAGCCCUCCAGCUCUCGAAGAGGAUGUCUUCCCCGACUGCUACAUAGAAUGCAUAAUAAGGGGCGAGUUCUGUGAACCCAUCCUGGAAGAGGACACACUUUUUAAGUCCUUAGAAUACCUAAAGGAAGGACCAGACCAAGAGCCUCCUCAACAGGUUCUCGAAGCAAGCUCCUUUCUGCAGUGUUCCUUAGAGUACACGAAACCGGGGGCCACCCAAGAGCUUCCCCGAGGCAUUGAUGAAGAGAAUUCACUUGAGUAUUCCGAGUACAUGACAGGCAAGAAGCUUCCUCCUGAAGGAAUACCUGGCAUUGACUUAUCAGAUCCUAAACAGCUCGCGGAAUUUGUUAGAAAGAAGCCCAGAAAAAAUAAAGAUUAUCUACAGGCCAUCCCCUGUCCUCAGAGUGGCUGCCCGCGGAAGCUGAGGAACGCAGCCGCCCUGAAAAAGCACCUGCUGGUGCACGCGCCCCGAGACCACGUGUGCGCGGAGUGCGGGAAGGCGUUCGCCGAGAGCUCCAAACUGAAGAGGCAUUUCCUGGUCCAUACCGGAGAGAAGCCGUACCAGUGCACUUUCGAAGGCUGCGGAAAGCGCUUUUCCCUGGACUUCAAUUUGCGUACGCACGUGCGCAUCCACACCGGGGAGCGGCGUUUUGUGUGUCCCUAUGACGGCUGCAUCCGGAGGUUCGUUCAGUCAAAUAACCUGAAAGCCCACAUCUUGACGCACGCGAAGGCGCAAAAGUACCUGUGAAGGCGAAGGCGGGAAAGAGUCCUCCACCAGGAUGAGCCUAUUAACAGAAGAGUCGUCAGCAACAAAUAUACCUCAUUGAUUAUUGUUUUUCAAUCAUUAUUACAGCCCUAAAAGGCAUAUUCUUUAGUGUUAAUAAGGUGCUCCUAAUACUUUGGGAUACC